AUGACGACUCGACGCAAUGUUAGUGAGAAGACCAUCACGGAGGCACAAGGUGGACCGCCAACCUCCGAGCAACACUCUGAUACGACGCCAGCAGUUCCAGCCUCUGUCAUCUACAAGCUGCUUGGCUUUACGGUGGCAAUGAUCUGUGCCCCAAUCGGCUCAUACUUUCUCUUGCUCAACUCUGUCUUUGCAGGGAAUGCCACGUAUUCUGGCGCCUUUGCUGCCAUAAUGGCAAACGUGGUCUUGAUCGGCUACAUUGUCGUCGCCAUGCGAGAAGACGACAGCGAGAAGAUUGAAGCAGAAGAAAAAAGCAGAAAGUCUCAAUAA